AUAAAGAAAUAGACUCAAAACAAGACUCUAACUAAACUAAUGAAUUAAAUCUCGUUUCCUACUUUCUACCCAUAUUUUAGGCCUAUUAAAUUACAAAGAAAACCCAUGGGAUCAAAGGUCCAACUGAUACAUAAUUCAACCCAAUGCUUAUUUCUAAUAAAGUAAGCCCAAUAAGUGACUUAUCUGCAUCAAUACAUGUCGUUAACAAUAUCUACAAAUUUACUUGACACCCCUAUCUUCUCCAAUACUUGCCAGAUGAGCUCUCUGGGGACUUUGUCGUAGGUCUUUUCUAUAUCAAUGAAGACUAUAUGGAGAUCCUUCUUGUAGGUUCUAGACCUUUUCUAUAUCUCCGAUACGAUACGAUACCCUUCCGAUACGUAUCUUAAAUUUAGUUGACCGAUACAGAUACUUUAAUCCUUGAUCUUUAGCACAUCUUUGCAUAUCUCCGAUACGAUAUGACACCCUCCGAUAUGUAUCUUAAAUUUAACCGACCAAUACGACAGCCGAUACCGAUACCGAUACUUUAAUCCUUGACAGCCAGUACCUUAUUAUAAUCUGUUGUUAUAAGCAUGUGGCUAAUCUGUAGUGGUACGUCAGGUUGAUAGCCGACACUUAUUAUAGUUAGCCAUAACCUAUCAAUCUUUUUGCAUGGAUCCUUGCGUUAGUCUUUGCAUGGAUGUUAUUGUUGUUGUUGUUGUUGAGAAUACAGCUUGCACCCUCCCUGUGACAAGUUUUAGGAGGACGCUUAAAUUGGCUAACCACUCCAACAACAUACGAGAUAUCUGGAUGAGUAAAAGAAAGGUAAUUUAACUUUCUUACAAGUCUUUGAUACCUUUCUGCAUCAAUAGUGGGAUGAUCACUAUCUACCCCCUACUUUAUGGUUCGGAUCAAUGGGGGGUGUGAUGAGGUUUGCUAGACUGAAGAGACAAACACUAGCAAACCCAUUAGAAAACCAGAAUCAUAGUGGAACCAAAACUCAGAAAAUUAGGCAGAAAAUUGACAGGAUUAUAUCGCUCAAUCCACCCAUUUGAUGGGGCUGAAACAAUGGCUGAAUGAAGGUCCUAAUAGGUGGGUUAUGUGUCUAAAAUAUCAUAGUUGUCAUGGCGUCUGGGCGAACCAAGGCAUUGGAGGGGACCCUGGAUGCAAAGCGAUACCAACAAGUCAACCAAAACACCGGCCUAGGUGACCCCUUGAAAACUAUGUAAAAUAUUGAGGUGAACUGAUGAUUAGAUUAGGAGGAACAAGUGUGAACAGAAAAUAGAAACUUAAAGAAGACCAGGAAUUAGUAACUCCCUUAACAAGAAUAACUUUCAAACCCAGGUCUGAUGUCCUUCCAAUUCUGGUCGAGUGUAGCUGAAUAGAGAGGUAAAACUUACGAAAAUUUGAGCCCUGCCCAGGGAUGGAUUGGCGGUAAUCUUCAAAGGAAACCUGAGAUCAGAGUAGGACAGAUUUUCCAUUGCAGGGACAGAAACAGAAUUAUAACUGGGCAGAAACUGAAGUAAUUAGUAACUGAAAUAGAACCAAUAAAAGGGAGGGAAUAGGUGUAGAAUCCAUAGAACAGCGUUACAGUAUAACUUAAGAACAUCCCAUGUAUACACUGUUUAAGUGACUGGAAUGGAAAUAAAAGAUAACAGGGAGGAAAGGGGAAAGAAGGGAUAUAACCUGGUAUCACCACAACUCUAUGGUUAGAUUCACCACUAACUAGCCUAGGUUUCACCAAAUAAGAGUAUGUAACUGAAUCACCACUGCAGCCAUACUCAAAUGGCCCUGUUACCAUCUCCAACUGAGAUCUGGCAAGAGAGAAAAGGACUGGUUCCCAGGUCUGGCGAUAGAGCUGUUCUGCCUCUGUUCUUCAUGAUUUGAUCUCAGCACUUCGAAAUCUCACAAAUAACUCUUCUUAUCAUGAUUUUUGAGUCUUGAUUCAAGUCCACAUAUGGUAGUCUUUUCCCUGGAACCCUCUAAACCCUAGGGUUCCAAAGUAAGAGAGCAGACCAUUAUUAGCUUUGUCACUUGAUCUCAAACCUGUUAACCUUGCUCUGAUACCAAGUUCAGUUGUAGAUUGAGGCCGAGAAGGAAGAGAAGGGAAGAACAAGAAGAGAACGGAAGGAAGAAGGAGAAGGAAGAUCAGGAGAAUGGAUUAGAGGACACUCUCCAUUCUAUGUUAUUGAUAUUUGAUACUUUAAAAUCAAAAUUACAAGUAUCCCUUAUAUUCUAAUAUAUAUGCCCAUAUGGCCCUAUUACACACUCUGUCCCAUUAUACCCUUAUAACAGUAUUCCAACAGACAGUCCGUUCUAUUUUAAAGUUCUAUUUUAUGUGACUGAUAAAAUAAGGAUUUCUAUGCUGCUCAGUUUUAUUUGUUCAAGUCGAAGUUGAGUGCAUUUGCUGAUACAGGACCAUUUCUAGGUGGCAUAAAAAAAUCAUCUAACACCUCAGUUUAAUCUUCUGAAUUCAGAUAAGAGGCAUCUUCUCUCUACCAACUUUUUCAUUCUAAGUUGCUGUAAUCAAAGGCCUAAAUGAUGUUUCCCUCAACUGAAAUCUUAAUUCCAUUAAUCAGUUCCUGAAAUUCUGAGCAUUAAAAUUUGAUAUCUCACCCGUACUUUAAGCCGUUUGGCUUCCUGACUAGGCAUGUUUGAACAGUAUAUACUUUCCAACCUGAGCUCUUUGAUUUAAUUGAAUUUUAUUUUCUCCGUUACUGACCAAUGGAGGGCUUGACAUAUGGUAAUCACCUAGUGGAGAUAACUCUUACGAAAUUAUUCUUUGAACAUAAAUCAACAAGGAAAAACUUUAGUACAGGUCCACUUGGCCACAGGAUGGGAUCUCAAAAAGAUCAAAAUGUGACUAGAGUGAGCUUUCUCUCGCGAAGUCAACUCAUUAAUCCACGAGAGUUAUUUGAAGAGUGAAGCAUGAAAUGUAGCAGGCUAAAACAUCUCGAUUUGAAUUUACAAUGUUAGAAUUUUUAGAGAGAUCUACGACACUUAUGCUGGUUUUUCCCACUGCAAGCUUUUAUUCUUUCUCAUUCAUCUGCUUUUUGAAAGUGUGAGUAGUAAUGCCAUUUCUUUGUGAUCUAUGACCACCCGCCAUGCACCCUUUAUUAGUAACGGGCAAAGCCCUUGGAAGGAGUUUCUUUCUUUUUCUAUUUCAUUUUCUAUGCCACCAAGAAGUUAUGAAAUUAUAGCCUAGAAACCCAUCAGUACAGUAUGGUACUUUAAGAUGUAUCCCCGGCUGCCCUACACUAUCUGCUUUGUCUAUUGUGUUGUCUACCCCUCUUGAUCAGUUCAGUUUGGCUCUCUUUUUUCUAAAUCGUUGCUUAUGGUUCGUAACCCAAUAUUUUGAAGGCUUAUGUUGUUCAUAGCCAUGCCACUUCCGACUACUUUCUUGUAGCUUAUGUAUGUGAUGUUUUUUCAUACUGCUGUUUAAAUCUCUUAUAAGCUUCUGCCUUAAGAAAGUGGUCAGACAAAUCAUAGUUAAAGGAGGAGUUUAAUGGGAGAGUGUUUGUCAAUGACUCAAAUGAUGUCAUCAUACUUUCCGGUCACUGAUCAGAUAAAUCAUUUUGACAGGAUCCAAUUUGGGCUCUUUAUAACAAUCAAGCAAGAAAGUAAGAGAGCAUUUCAUUCUCUCUGACCUGCCUUAAACGGGGAAAUAGGACUUCCACCAAUAGCUCUCGUGUGCCUCAUUUCUGCUUGGAUGAAGUACCUAAGGUGGAAAAAUCCUAAAUAGAAAACAAAACAGAUGUUAAGCCUCCUUAAUGAGAAACCUGGGGAAACACAGGGGGACAAAGCAGUCCACGAGGAGAUCUUCACCUAAGUAAUGGGAGAUGAUAACGGCUGGACGCACUUGGCUGGAGCUGGAGUAUGCCUAAGGGAUUAUAAGACAUCAAGAAAGUAUGCUGCUUAUUAUUGGGAGAAUGCCGAGUUGCGGAGUGAGGUGGAAGCCUUGAGUGAGAAAAUCUCCUCAAUGUGGUCCCAAUUUAGUAAGCUAAUGUGACUCGUGGUUAGCAACCAACAAGUAGGCACGCAGAACAAAGAGAUAUAUAGCAUUCUUCUCGUGAUCAUAUUGAUUUCGAAGCUUGAGGUUCAUGUUGCUAUUGGUUGCUGCUGCAUGUUAAGGAAUGAAGAUGUGGAUAUGCUGACAAUUUUGGAUCAUGCAAAUACUAAGCUUUUAUCGUUUCAUCUGACAUAGAGACAUCUUUAAUAUGUAGUAACAUAGAAUUGUAACAAAUGUGUAAACAGUAGGGCACACCUUUUGUCUAUUAAAAUCUGGGCCAUCCUUUUUUUGGAGUUCUCCAGGGAGAUGGUGAAAUGCAUCUGUCACAGGGAAUAGUGUUUCUUUCUUUUUUUCUGUCUUCAUUGUUGAUAGUUGCUUCUUUCUCUAGGUUAUGUCCCAUGUCAGGGUAACUGCCUAUCCAUUUCGGUCAUGGCCAAUUCCGAUGUGAAUCGGCCUAUUUGACAGAUCCAUACCGAUUUUUGAAACCAUAGCACAAAAGUUUACAUCUUGAGAUAUUCUCCCCAGUUUGAAGGAACUCGACCUUGCUUGGCUUGGACUUGAGUUGGCCAAUCCGGCCGAUCCAAACCAGUCUUAAAGCCAUGCCUGUCCCACUAAUUCAGAGGAUUCAAGAGCCCAUGAAGGGGGACCACCUUGGCCCCUCAAUCUCGCUCUCUCUCUCUGUGCCACAGAAACCUGAGGUGGGAAUCAGUUUGUUUCAUUCACAAAACGCUACGAAGCACAAGUCCGUUAAAUUAUAAUUUUUUCAUUCAUCAACCUUCAGAAAAAAAAGACCUCCCAUGGCUUCCACGACGGCUCCUCCGGCCUUGUUCCUACUCGGAAGUAAAAAGGGAGGUAAGAGCUUGGAAAAAGCCCAGAUAAGAAGUAACAGCAAUGGCAGAAGGAGAAGAAGGAACUUUUGUGUUUUAGCAUCAGAAACCUCAUCUGGCCAGCGAAGAAGGUCUCCACCUGGAGUCGACACCAGAAUUCACUGGGACAGUCCAGACGAGGGUUGGAUUGGAGGGAGUACUAAUUCAUCACAGAGAACAAUUGAGGAAGAACAACAAAACCUUUUGGGGAAAAACUAUUCUGAUUUGCUUGAAGAGUCCUCUGAUUCUCAUUACCAGUUCCUUGGAGUAUCUGCUGAGGCUGAUUUGGAAGAAAUCAAAGCAGCUUACAGGGGGCUAUCAAAAGAUUACCAUCCAGAUACAACAUCACUGCCAUUGAAAGCUGCAUCUGAUAAGUUCAUGAAACUAAGAGAGGUGUAUGAUACAUUGAGUAAUGAAGAGAGAAGAAAGUUCUAUGACUGGACAUUAGCUCAGGAAGCUGCAAGUCGACAAGCGGAGAAGAUGAAGAUGAAGUUGGAGGAUCCUCGUGAACAAGAAGUGCGGAAUUGGGAGUCGAUACCUGAUAUGGUUGACCGCCUUGGUGGAAGGAACAUGGAACUGAGUGAUCAAGCCAUGACAGCCCUCACUAUCGAUGUUUUUGCUGUAAUCUUUUCAAUAUGCUGCAUCAUUGUUUAUGCUCUCUUCUUUCAGGACCCAUAAUGGGUGCAUUAUAUUAGGAAAAUGAACACACAAGAUUAAGAUUGAAUGUAUAUUUUCAGUGGUGGAUAAAUAUAUAGUAUUAAGCGUGCAAUUUGUUG